AUGCCGUUCUAUCGGCGCACGGUGGUGCCCCAGCGUCUGUGCCCGCGCAACCCGCCUCAGCCACUGACCGAGCUCCGCGACGUGAGCCACCUGGCCGCGCUCAGCCUGCUCCGCCAGCUCGCCGACCUCUGCGGCCACUCGCUGGCUCUGCUCGAGGACCUCGAGGGGCACCUGCUGGCCCUGGGGCGCCGCACCGACAGCCUGUACCGGCGCACCGUGCGUCUCCGCCGCCGUCUUCCCUGUCGCCUGCUCGGCCCGGAGGACGACGAAGAAUUGCUAGCCGCAGCUAACUCGAGUCGGGAAAAUGCGACAGCGACUGCCCACUCGAGGUCGUCAUGGCGACAGCCAGUGAACGUGUUUCUCUCCUCGGGCAGGCCCCCGAGUGUAGAGGAACUGCUUCGCGAGGCGCAGCUCAAUCUCCAGAGCCUGUUGCAAGAAGAAUAUGAGGAACAGUAUUCGGAGGCCAGACUUCUGGGGCAGACCUUCCGCUCUUCUGAUGAGGCCCCUGAGCCUACUGCCAGCCAAAGGCCCCAGUCUACCAAGCGUCUGGAGUUUGUAUUGAUGCCUGCAAAACGGCAGCUGAGCGAGGAUGAGACCACGACCCAGGGUGUGAGGGCCCCAGAGGCCUACCUGAGCCUGCCUACAGCCGACAAGCAAACUGCCUGGAAUGGCCCCUUCCCUCUACCCAUCCUAAAGGAGAAGCGCUGGCUUCAGCCCUGCUCCACGCAGUCCGACCUUGUGCCCAUCAACAUCUCUGGGCAGCAGUUUGAUAGACAUGCAAGUUUUCGACACUCGUUGUUUAACACAGAGACAGCCGUGAACCCCAAGUCCACCCUGAGGCGGAGGCGGACCAUUAUUGGAUUCUCUAACUUUUCUCAGCGAGACCCAGGUCACAGCAACAGCCCAGUAGGCAGCCUGGCCUCGGACAUCAGGCCUGGCUACUCAGCUCCACAAGUUGUUCAGGGAAGAGUUGCUAUUGGGCAGGAAGCUCGGUUUCCAAGUCUCACCUCGCCAGGACUGAGACACUCAUCAAGUGAGCCCGCAGACCCUCACCAGGCACGUGGUGGCCCAGACCCUCCUGCCACGGAGAGCAUGGCAAUGGUGUACAGUGUCCCCAGUUCUUGCAAUGGACCAACAGAGUCAACGUUCUCCACUUCCUGGAAAGGAGAUGCUUUCACGUACAUGACUCCAAGUGCCAGCAGCCAGAGCAAUCAAGUCAGUGAAAAUGGAAAAAAUCCUUCCUCUGGGAAUUCUUGGGUCUCUCUGAACACACUCCCACCUCUGGUCCCUAAAGAGGCGGCUACCCUCUUUGUCACCCGUGAUAACCCAGCAGGAUGCACUGGGCUACCCAGCUACUCUGACCAUCCCACUCAACUAAGGCAAAUACCAGAAAGACCUCCCAAGAUUGGCCUCCUGGCCCGUGGUACCUCAAGACUGGAAACAGGCCCUGGCGGAACUAACAGAUUCCGGGAGCGGUCACUUUCUGUGCCCACGGACUCAGGUGUCACCUCGGUGGACUAUGGUGAAGAGCAGAAGGCUGGUGAGGCCUGCAUCCUGCCUUAUGCCAGUACAAACUCUGAAGGCAGUAACAGUACCGACAACAUUGCAGCCCUCAGCACUGAGCAAGAAGCGCGGCACAGGAGGCAAAGAUCCAAAAGUAUUUCACUCAAGAAGGCCAAAAAGAAGCCCUCUCCACCCAUGAGAAGCGUCUCACUAGUCAAAGAUGAGCCAGUCCUCCCACCAGAAGGUGAAUUGGCACUGCCCAAGGACCAGAGGCCCAGGAGCCUUUGCCUCUCCUUGGAACACCAAGGGCACCAUUCAUCUCACCCCGAUCCUCAAGGGCAUCCAGCUGUGCCAACUCUCAAAGAUCCAGAAGGUUCACAGUUCUCUCACCACUGGUAUCUUACUGACUGGAAGUCUGGUGACACCUACCAAUCCUUGUCCAGCUCCAGCACAGCCACUGGCACCACAGUCAUUGAGUGCACUCAAGUUCGGGGAAGCUCGGAGUCUCUGGCCUCCCCCUCCACCUCCAGAGCAACCACGCCCUCCCAGAUCUCCAUUGAGGUGGAAGCCAGGGAAGUAGCCUCCCCUGGAAGGCCCACUGGACUGAUGUCCCCUUCCAGUGGCUACUCCAGCCAGUCAGAGACACCCACACCCACUGUCUCCAUGUCCUUGACCCUGGGCCACUUACCGCCUCCGAGCACCAGUGUCCGAGUACGUCCGGUGGUACCAGAAAGGAAGUCAUCACUGCCCCCGAUGUCACCAAUGGAAAAAAUCUGCAAGUCACGGUUAUCAUUUGACCUACCAUUGACCUCUUCAACCACCCUGGAUCUGUCGGGGAUGAGUAUCUCCAUGCGCAGCAAGACCAAGGUGAGCCGCCAUCACUCUGAUACCAAUUUUGGGGCCAAACUGGCACAGAAAACUAGUCCAAACCAGCCAAUCAUGCCCAUGGUUACUCAGUCUGACCUCCGUUCUGUUCGCCUGAGGUCAGUCAGCAAGUCUGAGCCAGAAGAUGACAUUGAGAGCCCAGAUUACACCGAGGAACCUGGAGCAGAAGAAGUCUUCACCUUGCCAGAGAGGAAAGUGAAACCUCCCAUAGCUGAGAAACCGCCACUGGCCCGAAGGCCUCCAAGCUUGGGUCACAGGCCACCCUCGCUCCCUGGGGAGUAUCCGCUAACUUCUCCUACUAUGGCUAUGACACCCAGGAGCUCCGUUCCACACGUGAAGCAGCUCCCCCAAGACAGCUACACAGUGUUGCAGAAACCAAAGUCACCUAGCUUCCCCAGUGGCAGGAGCCCCGGGGAGUCAACAGCGCCCUCCACCCUUGUCUUCACACCUCUCGCCAGUUCCUCUGGUGCUUUCUUCUCAGGAACACAGCAACCUCCCCAGGCCAGUGUAGAAGACGGGGGCCCCAAGGUGAGAGCCCUGCCGGAAAGAAUCAGCCUCCAGAGCCAGGAAGAAGCUGAGAAAAAGAUGAGCAAGAUUCCACCUCCAGUACCAAAAAAGCCCAGUGUGCUCUACCUGCCUCUUGUCUCCCCUGUAGCCCAAAUGGAUGCCUGCAUGGCCCAACCAAGGCUGCCGUUCAGCCCCAUCAUCACCUUGGAGGAAGAUACCAAGUGUCCCUCCACUGAGGAGGACCCGAAGUCACCUGGUAAAAGGAUGACUUCGGGUCUUCCUGGUGAUGGUGAAAAGGAGGCCAUCUCUCCAGGGAGGACUGUGGAACCAAGUGCCGAAGAGAAAAGUUUAAUCAGUGAUAAGACAGCUGAGUGGAUCUCGGAGGAGGACGAUGACGUGUUUGUGGCUUCGCGCACGACUGAAGAUUUAUUUACUGUGAUACACAGAUCUAAAAGAAAGCUCCUGGGCUGGAAAGAGCCUGGGGAGGGCUUCCCGGGCAGCAGACCCAGCUCCCACUCACCAGUGAAGAACACAGGCGAUUCUCCCACCACUGAGUCUGCUGCUGCCACAGGGCCAAGUGGCAGUGCCUGCCUAGACGCUGGCAGAAAUGAUGAUUUCAAGGCCUUGCUCCAGAAGAAGGGAAGUAAGGCAACUCCUAGGACCCGCCCCUCAGCAGCGGAGCUGCUCAAGACCACAAACCCUCUGGCUCGAAGAAUCAUUGCGCAGUUCUCAAAAGACUAUGAACCCACUGACAGCCCCAGUACCUAAGCCCUGCUUCUUGUUCACUAGGUCUGAGGAGAGCAGGGGGAAGAUAGAGGGCUUCAGAAAGGAACCAACCACAGAAAUGACAAAAGAUUCUGUCUUUGACAUUAACUCACACUCUGGACAGCAGAGAGGCCAACACAACACACCUGCGCUCCCCAAGCACUCCG